AUGAGGCUGACGGCGGAACUCAUCCAAAACUCCCUCUCCUACCUCAAUCCUCUGAAGGAGAGGGAGCUGGAUCUCCGAGGUCACAGAAUACCGGCGAUUGAGAACUUGGGUGUCGCAGGCCCGCAAGAUGCCAUAGACUUCACCGACAACGACAUCCAGAUACUGGGAAACUUCCCCCUCUCCCCGCGGAUACAGACGCUGCUGCUGGCGCGGAACCGUGUCUCCAGCAUUCAGCACAACCUGCCGACCUCGAUACCGAACCUGAAAAACCUCGUCCUGACAGCGAACAACAUCGCCGAGCUGGCAGACCUGGAUGUUCUGGGGAAGUUUGCGCGGUUGACGCAUCUGGUGCUGGCCGAGAAUCCAGUGACUAAGAAAGAGCAUUACCGAUAUUGGGUUAUAUGGAGGUGUCCCGCGCUCCGCUUCCUCGACUAUCAGAAGGUGAAACUGGCAGAGCGGGAGAAGGCAACAGAGCUGUUUGGCACGGCAGAGGAGCCAACGGAACUGGCGUCAAAGGUAAUGGGUGUCAAGUCGAAGACAUUCGACGUCUCCCUGGCGAACGGGGGCGCGGGGACCUCGUCAAGACUGUCACGCAUCAAGCUCACGGACAAGGAGAAGAAGAGGUUACAGGAGAUGAUCAAGAAGGCGGACAGCUUGCAGGAGAUUAUGAGGCUAGAGAAGGAGCUGAACGAGGGCCGGAUUCCGGCGGGCAUCCAUGUGGACGACGAGAUGGAGGAAUAA